CUGGGUCCUUUCAGGGCGCAGUGGUGCAUUUCCAGGUAGGAGUGCAGGCCAUCCUGGAUCGAGGCCGGAGGGCUCUGCAGAAGGAGGUCCCCCUGGAGAAUCUCAGGAAAAAGCUCUCUCCGGGUAAAGAACAGAACGGUAAGAACAGUCAGGAAACAACUGAGUCGGAAACAGGAAAAACGACGUUUGAAAAUCAAAGGAGACAAAAAAAAGGCACCGGAGAAAUCCCUGAAUCCAAAUGACCCACAGAGAGGAGAGACCAUAUAAAUGUAUGGAAUGUGGAAAGAGUUUCAGUCGAAGUGGACAUUUAAAUUCACACCAGAGGAUCCACACCGGCGAGAAACCAUAUAAGUGCACGGAAUGUGGCAAGAGCUUCAGUUACAGUGGAUCGUAUAUUAUACAUCAAAGGACCCACAAAGGCGAAAAACCCUAUAAAUGCAUGGAAUGUGGAAAGAGCUUCACUGAUAGUUCAUCUUAUGCUAGACAUCAAAGAAUCCACACAGGGGAAAAACCAUAUACAUGUCCAGAAUGUGGGAAGACCUUCAGUCAGAGUGGAAUAUAUACUAAACAUCGAAGGACCCACACAGGUGAGAAACCCUAUAAAUGCAUGGAAUGUGGAAAGAGCUUCAGUCAGAGCAGUGCCCUUAGUUCGCAUCAGAUGACCCACACAGGGGAGAAACCCUAUACGUGCGUCGAAUGUGGGAAGAGCUUCAGUCGCAGCCAUGUCCUUAAAUCACAUGAAAGAACCCACACGGGGGAGAAACCAUACAGAUGUGUGGAAUGUGGAAAGAGCUUUAGCCAGAGUGCACAUCUUUGUUCUCAUCAAAAAAUGCACAUAGGUGAGAAACCAUACUCGUGUAAAGAAUGUGGCUUAACUCUGAGUUGGACUGGAGACCUAUGUUCACAUCAAAUGACCCACACAGGGCAGAAGCCAUAUACGUGCAUUGACUGUGGGAAGAGUUUCAGUCAAAGCAGUAGCCUUCGUUCACAUCAACGGACUCACACAAGUGAGAAACCCUAUAUAUGUAUGGAAUGUGGAAAGAGCUUCAGGGACCGUGGAUCAUAUACUAAACAUCAAAGAACCCACUCAGGGGAGAAGCCCUAUAAAUGUUUGGAAUGUGGGAAGAGUUUCAAUCAGAGUGGGCACUUAUAUUUACAUGAAAGGAUCCAUAGAGGUGAGAAACCCUAUAAAUGCAUGGAAUGUGGGAAGAGCUUCAAUUACAGUAGAUCACUUAUUAUACAUCAAAGAAGUCACACAGGAGAGAAACCCUAUAUGUGCAUUGAAUGUGGAAAAAGCUUCAGUCAGAGUGGACACUUACAUAAACAUCAAAGGAUCCACACAGGUGAAAAACCCUAUCAGUGCCUGGAAUGUGGGAAGAGCUUCAGUGACAGUUCAUCUUAUGCUAGACAUCAAAGAAUCCACACAGGGGAGAAACCAUACACGUGUCUGGAAUGUGGGAAGAGCUUCAGUCUGAGUGCAUACCUACUUUCACACGAAAGAACUCACAAUGGGGAGAAACCUUAUAAAUGCAUGGAAUGCGGAAAGAGCUUUAGUCAGUGUGCUCACCUUAGGUCACAUCAAAGUACUCACACUGGAGAGAAACCACAUAAAUGCAUGAAAUGUGGAAAGAGCUUUAGUCGCAGUGAUGCCCUUAGGUUACAUGAAAGGACUCACACUGGAGAGAAACCUUAUAAAUGCAUGGAAUGUGGAAAGAGCUUUAGUCACAGUGGUAAUCUUAAGUUACAUCAAAGAACUCACACUGGGGAGAAACCAUAUAAAUGCAUGGAAUGUGGAAAGAGUUUUAGUCGCAGUGGUCAACUUAGAUUACAUCAAAGGAUUCACACUGGGGAGAAAGCACAUAAAUGCAUAGAGUGUGGAAAAAGCUUUAGUCAGAGUGGUCACCUUAGGUAUCAUCAAAGGACUCACACUGGUGAGCAACCUUAUGAAUGCAUAGAAUGUGGAAAGAGCUUUAGAAGCAGUGGUGCCCUUAGGUCACAUCAAAAGACUCACACUGGGGAGAAACCACAUAAAUGCCUAGAAUGUGGAAAGAGCUUUAGUUGGAGUGGUCACCUAAGAUUACAUCAAAGGACUCACAAUGGGGAGAAACCACAUAAAUGCAUGGAAUGUGGAAAGAGCUUUAGUCAGAGUGCUGCUCUUAGGUCACAUCAAAGAACGCACACUGGGGAGAAACCACAUAAAUGCAUAGAAUGUGGAAAGAGCUUUAGUUGGAGUGGUCACCUAAGAUUACAUCAAAGGACUCACAAUGGGGAGAAACCACAUAAAUGCAUGGAAUGUGGAAAGAGCUUUAGUCAGAGUGCUGCUCUUAGGUUACACCAAAGGACUCACACUGGGGAGAAAUCAUAG